CAAGGUCAAUAUCAUUUGUAAACAAAACGGCAGCCAUGAUGCGGCCGGACACCGCCUCGUGCGACUGGCAGCUGUCGAAGGAGAGCCUGGUGGAGCGCAUGAAGCUGGUGCUGCGGACGUCGCAGUGGAGCGACUGUGUGUUCCGCGUGGGUCCCGAAGACGACCACCAGAUGUUCCGUGUGCACAAGCUGGUCCUGGCGGCCAGCAGUCCUGUGUUCGACGCCAUGUGCUUCGGCCCACUCGCCGAGAAGUCCUGCAUCGGCGUCCCAGACAUCGAGCCGCAGGUCUUCCAGAUAUUACUAGAGUACAUGUAUGGGGACGUGCUCCAGUUGAAGUCUGUGGAGGAUGCAUGUGGGGUGCUGUACGCAGCCAAGAAGUACAUGAUGCCUCACUUAGCGUACCUCUGCCGCGAGUACAUCAUUAGAAAUAUUUCCCCGGCCAAUGUCCUGGGCCUGUUGGACUUUGCAGACAGUGUCCAGGAGUCCGAGGUGUAUGAUUCCUGCCUGCAGGUUAUGUGUAAGUACACUCAAGAAAUUGCAAAUUCCUCUAAGGGCUCCAUAACAUCGCUGGCAGUUUCAGCACUACUAGAGCAAAAUUCACUGAACAUCAGUGAGGCGGGACUGUUUGACAUGGCAGUGCGUUGGGCGAAAGACGAGUGUCAGCAGUCCGGAAUACCUGCGAGCAGAGCUAACUGCCGGACUAUGCUGAUGAAAAUAAGGGCUUUGGCGAAGAUAAGAUUCCUCACUAUGACCCCAGAAGAAUUCGCAGAUGGUCCAGAACGCUCUGGGAUCUUGACAGCGGAUGAAAUUUGUGCCCUUCAUUUUGCAUUCUGUGGUUUGCAGAACGGAAACCUGCAGUGCGGUAGUGCAGAUUCCUCUCGUGAAGAUAAAGAAGGGAAUUCCGUGUACGACGACGAAUCCGAAUGCAAGUGCGAUGAUGUGGAUGACCUGUUUGUCAUAUUCGGUGCCAAACACAAGCAAUCUCUCUCGAGCCCCAGUACAAUCGCCAAGAACUUGACGAGCGUUCUGGGCGGGCACGGCCUGAGCUGCAACGCCCGCCCUCGCAACAGGAUCUCAGUGAGGCAGCUCAGCUGUGCCAGGCGCUUCCUGAAGACGGCUGUGACGGUGCCGGGACGGCUGCGCCUGCUGACCAAGCUGCGGGUCAGCCGCGGGGUCGUGAUGACGGGGAUGCGCUUCUUCACACGCCUGCUGCCCCAGAGCGAGUUCUCGCGGGGGCGCGUGCUCUCGCAGGAGUACCAUGAGGACCUGGAGGUGUGCGUGCUGGACGGGCAGGGCGCUCUACUGUCGCGUACGUUGUUCACGGACACGGUGGUGUACAACACGCUGGCAAGCAUCGCGUUCAGUGAGCCGGUGCACCUCUCCAGCAACAAGGAGUACAGUGUGGUGACGUUGCUCCCGGCCGGGGAGGGUCUCGAACACGAGUAUCCCCUCAGCUUCUUGUCCGAGACUGAGACUUGUCACGGCGUCGAGUUCCGCUUCUGUGACCACGCCGAAACCAAUGGCAAUGGCACGUUUGUGCGCCGCCUGGACAUGGGCUUUGUUGAUACUGUCCUCUUCAAAUUUUUGUAGAUUAAGGGUCGUAGUCUUUUUCACAAUCUAGAUUGUCUGUGAUUUAGUCUUAUUGCGGGUAUUUUCUACUUAUGGCUUGUUUACAGCCUAGCUGAAAUGAAGAAUACUCUUUCUUGACUGUGGGUUCUAUAAAGAUAGGGUGUAAGUAAACCAAAGCCUCCAAACUAUUACUUAGUUAUUUCUUAGCUCCUAACUGGAAUGAAAGGCAAAGCCACUCUAGAAUCAUACUUAAAAACUUCCAUUUUUUUUGUUGGGUAUAGUACAUUAGUUUUGGUUAUUCUGGUUAAAAAAGUCCUUGGUAUUUAUAUAUGUUUGUGCUGAUAUUUGUGUUUAUUAUUUUUCCAAUGUAAUGCAAUUUUGAAGUUAUAUUUGUGAUGAUUUUGUUACUUUCAAUUGUAGGAACCCAGUUUAACACAAUUUUUUAGGGUCAUUACAAACACUUGUUUUUUCCACCAACUGCCCAUAUCAUGCAAAUAACCAGUCAGUAAGUCUCUAAACAGUGUUUGCACAACGUCAGUGUUUAAGGUGACAGUUUAAAAGGUAUGAGGUUUUUAAGUGACAUUGUUAAUUUCUUGUGCUACAUUUAUUUAUCAGUUUGGAAAGUACUGAGCAUCUUGGCAUGCAAACUUAUCAACAAGUAGGCCACGUCUAAAGAAUAGUUUCAAUCAGUGGUUGUGAAUCGAAGGUAUCUUGUGUGGUUCUGGUGGGAACCACUUGUUCACACACGAACAUUGGACUGUUUAAUUUGACACACUGUGAUACCUGUUUCUGUAAGAUAUUAAACCUUGAUUGAUGUUAUGCAAGCCUGCCCUUGUCCCCUGCAAUGUUUAUCCUGACAGCUAAGGCAAUUCAUUAUCUUCUCUUUAGUGGCUAACAGAAAGAAGGGGCUGUCUCGAGUUGCAGAAGAGCCAUAGGUGUAAGGUGUUUAAUUUAUUUUCAUAGAAAAAAGAAAUCAGAAAACAAGUUACAGUUUUCUUAGAUCUACAUCUUUUUAAGUACUGCAAAAAUCUUCUCAAUAUAUAAUUUUUUUUUAAACCCAAAUUUAAUUUAUUUGUUUCUAGGAGCUUUAAUGUUGUGUGAUAGUUUGUAAAAAAAAGUCUCUACUUAUCACUUGAGUUUAUUUUUCUGUAAGGAGAGAUAAUCUCACCAAUAUGUUGAACUGUGUUGUGUCAGUCUUCUUCGUUACAUAUACAUAAUUUUUUUUGUGUGUGUACAUAGUUUAUGAAUGCACUCUGUUCUAUUAGUGUCUUAUUUUGGUCACUAGGAAUUGUUAAGUUUUUGCAUGGCACAGGGUCUUUCAAAAUUACUACAGUAUUAUUGAUGACUGUGUCUGGCCUACAGAUGGCGUGAUUGGCUUGCUUAAUAGCCUACUUGUUCUCUGUUAUGCUAGCUUUUAUUUAAAAAAAAAACAACUAAAUAUUAGUUAAACAUUUUUACUGUGAAAAUAAUAUUAAUUUGUAAUUGGUGAUCAAUUAUUCUAGAAUGGCAUGCCAGAGCCUAUAAAGAUGUCAAACUCCCAUGCUAGCUCCCAAGAGAGAUUGUUUAGAACUCCCCUACAAGGUUGGGUCUCGUGUAAGGUGCCACGGUGGUGUUGAAGUCAGAUCACUCGCCUUCCAUCGAGGCGAACCAUUUUUGAAUCUGCGGGAUCGAACCUAGAUUUUUCGCAAGUGGAAAACAUGGCGGUUGUCGCAGUGAACCAGUGGGGUUACUCAGAAUAUUCCAGUUUUCCCUCGCCCACGCGUUCCAUGAAAGCUCCAGCCCUAUGUCAUGACCCCUCGUCGUCUCUAAUGAUCUCGAUGGUAAUGAGACAUUAAGAUGUAAUUUAUUUAUUCUUAUAUGCAAUAUAUACACACAGUAGAACCUCGCUUUUAUUUUACAGCUUUUUAAGUUUUCCCAUUAUUUGCACAUUUUUAUUUUGGUUCCAUUUUAACCUCAUUUGAUGCAAAGCAAUAAAUUCCCAUUGAUUACAACGAGCCUGCAAUAUUCUUCCUGCAUUUGACACUGUUUGUUUAUGUUAUUCCUACAUAAAUUCAUUAUUCCUGUGUUUUUCACGUACAUCAUAAAUAUGAAAAUAACCAUUCAAAUACAAAAUGCUAUCGUUGAAGCUCCUGGAUUUUUCGAUGUGCUGUUUACUGUUGUUGAUGUUGCUGUUUACUGUUUAAAAACAGUAUUUACAGGUUGCCAACGCUGGUCUAAUAAUGGCAGACUUUGAGAAAAUGUUAGCAUACGAUGCUAGUGCUAUAGUUUAUAGAAAUUUAUACAUACCGUGUUAUGUAGUUUAUUAUAUUUAUGCUAUAUCUUUGUCAACUUCCGUUAAAAAUAACGUGGUGGGUAACAUAUUUAAAAGUCAAUAAACGUAAAAUUUGGUCUUUUACUGAGAGUAACUAACAGAAUUUUUAUCUGUAUGUAUUUUAUGAAGAUGGCAGCUUGUAAAAGAUGGAAAACAUUUUCAACUGAAAAAAAAUUAAACAUUUUUUAAAGUGCAUGGAUGAUUACAAAGGUUACACUCGCUGAAAUGUUAGGCAUGCCUAUUUCAACUCUGAACAUAAUCAUUGAAAUCAUUGAAGGAAAUAGAGCCCAGUGUGGUGAUAAAGUACUGUAUUUUUAUUAAUAUUUAACCUGUAAAUGUCUGAUGUUACUAUGAAUUGUUAAUUAAAGUAUGAAGGUACAUAUGUACAUAAUACUGUAUGUAUGCUUACCUGCACUCUAUACAGAAUGUAAAUAUAGUACUUUAAUGUUAAUUAUUCUAUUUAGAUAUGCUUCAGACACUGUUAUCAAGAAUUAUGUGUAUACCAGAAUAUAGUAGGCCUAUGUUAAGGUCAUAUAUCACUGUCUGUUCUUUGAGCAAAAAAAAAAAAAUUUUUUUUUUUUCAGACAUUACCCUUAUUUUACAACAUUUUCAGACAUGCCCUUGAAUAGUGUAAAAAAGGGGCCCUACUGUAUAUUAUUGAAAGCCAUGCCUCUUGCAAUAAAUGAUUGCCUUGUAAAUGUGAAGAAAUGAGAAAUCUGGUGAAACCAAUAAUUCUUUUCAAGGUGCUAAAUAAAAACUGAGUUCGCUUAGCCUUAGAUAUUUAAAAUUUCCCGCCCUUAUUCUGAGCUACCUAACUAUAAAUAAAAAAAAAAUUGUUUUUGACAAAAUUUUAGGUAGACUUAAUUUUUCAAAACACACUAUUCACUAGUUUUGGCAGAAACAUGUGUUUUGUCAACAUAUAGUAGUUUUCUAGCAAAAAAAAGACUAUGUACAUAUGUGAAUUUGUCUUGCAUGGCUAUUACAUGAUUAUUUUAUGAGAGAGAGCAUGGCACAACCUCCAUUAGGUGUCAGUUGAUAAACACUUGUACUUUACUCCAGAUGUAUUGCUUAAAAAAUGUUAUGACAAAAACAUUUUUAUUUUUUCAUCCCUUUUAAAUAUUUUAUUUUAAACUUUUACAUGUUUACAAUAUAAUGUAAAAUUUACUCUUAAGAUAACAUGCAACUUUUAUCUAAAAGUGGAACUAUCCUAUUUAACUAUUCUUAAUGAAAGUUGGUAUUUAGGCUUUUUUUUUGUAGUCUCUCUACAAAAUUCUUUUAAUGGUGAUGCUAGGAUGUUUAAAGAAAGAGAGAAAAAAAACUUGUUUUUGAAGAAAUCAUUUGAUUUUUUUCUAUUGGAGAAUAAAACCAAUAUUUAUUACUAUUUAAAAAUCCAGCAUAUUGAACAAAACUUACUCAUCCUACUCCUGAUUUUGGUUGACAAUUAUUUU